UUAAUCUCUGUACAAGUCCGGAUCUUCCGUUUCCCCCGGUACUUUGUCAUUUGAGCUCUCCUCGUGCAACUAAUGGCUUGUCCCGAAUAAAACACAUCCCAACAUGGCGGCGACUAGUGUUGACGUGUCUGACGUGACGGACCAGGUGCCGUUAGACGUGGAGGGAGACAUCACCGUCCCCGGAGCUCCUCCCGAGGAGGACGAGGAUGACUUCUCCACUCUAGACGAGCCGGUGAAGGAUACUAUUCUGAGAGAUCUGAAGGCUGUUGGCAAGAAGUUUGUGCAUGUGUUGAACCCACUGAAAGGCAGCCGGUCCUUACUGAGGGAGUGGGACCUGUGGGGCCCCCUGGUCCUGUGUGUCAUGGUGGCACUCUUACUACAGGGAGACAACGCAGCAGACACCGGAGCACCACAGUUUGCUGAGGUGUUUGUGAUUCUGUGGGUUGGUGCUGUGGUUGUGACCUUGAACUCCCAGCUGCUUGGAGGUCAGCUUUCGUUCUUCCAGAGUGUGUGUGUCCUGGGCUACUGUGUCCUUCCACUCAGCAUGGCACUCAUCGUCUGCAGAAUUAUCCUGGCAGCCUCCGCCACACAGACUAUCGUGUUGUUCGCCAUACGGUUUGUGACCGUUCUUCUUGGGUUUGCCUGGUCGACCUUUGCAGCAAUGGCCUUUCUGGGAGACAGCCAACCAGUCAACAGAAAAGCUCUGGCAGUUUAUCCAAUCUUUUUGUUUUACUUUAUCAUCAGCUGGAUGAUAAUAUCACAUACACACUCGGACACUUAGUAUCAGACUGAAGUACAGUAGAAUGCCUAUUAGAAGCAGUCCAAAACUAGAUCCUUAUGAGUUUAUGACUUGAUUAUAGCUGAUAGAUUUCCUCAUGGAUUAGAGCAUUUUGGACACAAGGGUAGAAGGUCAAGUUUUGAAGAUCUUUAAUAUUAGUUAUUGAAAAUGAUAAGCAAUAAUUUAUGAGAUAUAGGUAAUGGUGGCAAAAUGUUUUGUUUUUUUUUGUAUUCUUCUUUCUGUGCCAUGACUCUGCAAAGUAUCUGCAAACUAAGCUGUUGUUAUUACAAGGAAUCUAUAUUUGAAGGAUUUGUAUAUUGAAGGGUACUAGCAUGUAUAUAUUCAUUGGAAUUGAAAGAAGUUUGUAAGUAUUAUUGUUAUAUCAGAAGAGACAACGAAGAUAUGUAAAUUCUUACGUAGUUUUCAAUCAAUGUUGUAUCUAUACGUUAAAGUUAAACUUAUCAUGUUAUAAGGAGUUAGCUUUUCAACCAUAAAAUGCAAGCAUUGUUCCUGUCAAUUCAGUUUAUUUAUUAUAUUUUUUUGUUUCCUUUUCGGGUAUGUGAUUAAUUAUAAGAUAUGGCACACAGUUUUGUACAUAAGGAAAUCAUUUCAACAGACUAAUUAGUUUUGAUGAUGAAGAAGGUCAAACCUUUUACAACUUUUUUUUCAGGUUAUUGUACAAUCAGGUGUGUGUGUGUACUAUACAAUCAUAUUCUAAAGUUUUGCUACUGGAUAAAGGAUAUAUUUGUUCAGUUGAAGGUACCACCUACAGCUACCAUUACAUGCAUGUAUGAAAUUCAUGUAAUACAACAAAUACAAAUUACAAGCCU